AUGGCUUCAAGCGGCUGCUACUACAACUUCCAACGCUACCAAGAAGGCGCCCGGAUCAUCACGAACGAGCCUUGCUUGAAUUGCACAUGCCACAAUCGAAUGCUAAUGUGCUAUCUGAGGGUAUGCCCCUUCACAAAGGCGAUAGGUCAAGACUGCACGGUGGAAAAGCGUCCGGACCAAUGCUGCCCCGUAAUCACGUGCCCAGAAGUGCCAGUGCAGCUGUUGACCUCGACGACGACUUCGCCCUCCAAAUCACCAACACCGUCCUCGCCCGACGCUCUGCUUUCAUUCGAACUCGGCUUCCCCGACACAUACGGCUGCAAUGUCAACGACCGCUUCUUCGCCGACGGCGCCCAACUACCGAUCGAAGCCAAUAACCCCUGCGAGCUCUGUUACUGCAUCAGAAAUAAGACAACCUGUCUUAUGCAGCAGUGCACUCUAUCCGUUGCUGGAUGCAGGCCAGUUUAUCAGCCGGGAAUCUGCUGUCCUGUCAAGUACAAUUGCGAGUACGACGAAGGAUACGAAAUUGCCGCCGGUACCACACCCGGUCUCAUUAUGACCACGACACUCGCACCACGUACAACACCCCCGCAAUGUCACUACGAUGAUAAAGCAUACGAAGACGGUGAACUUAUCUACACCAUACAGCCCUGUCAGCACUGCUAUUGCUUCCACGGCGAGAUUGUCUGUGCUGUUCAGGAAUGUGGUAAGCCCAUGGAAUCCCAUGGCAAAAAUUGUACGGCCCUGCCACCGCUCGAUGGAGAGUGCUGCCCAACCACGUAUCAGUGCGAAGAUGGAUUUGCAAAUUUAGCAACAGAAAUUUCUGACGAUGGUGACAGGAAAAAUAUUCCAGAACAAUCUACUGACCAUGAGGAGCAUAGACAGCAAGAAUCGUUCCCAGGAGCGGAUAAUACGAUUCCUGAACAAAUAGUAGCCAAUCGCAUACCUACAACCGAUAAAGCAUUAAUCGUAACACCUUUAGGUAAUGAGGUUCCUGAAUUGGGAAUUCAAGAGCCUGUAAAAUUGUCUUCCAAUGAAGCUACGAUUGAAGAAGAAAGGUAUACGACUUUGAUAUAUGAAAAUUCUCAAUUAGCAAAAGAAUCGGAGGGAGAGCCGGAAACGACAGUCAUUAAAGCCAAUGAUAAUAAUACAAUGACGGCACUUGAUAUAAAUGACGAUUCAUUGAAAAUGUCAACGGGCAGUAUAAACGAAAUAUCGCAAACAGAAAUUCCUGCAACUACUCACGGAGGUGUAACAUUCGAAUUUCCUUCAAGAAUUACCGAAGUCAGUACUGCAGAAAGUGAAAAAGAGGAGAAACCAAUAACGGAAUCGAGUAUUUCAACGGGAUUACCGGCAGAAUCAAAAAUAUCCCAAGCCAAUGGAGAAAUUACUACAAUAAUCAAUUUGGAAAAAGGAAUAGACGCAUUAAUUGAUAGUGAAUUAACCGAUGCUUACACGACGGAACAGCAAACGGAAGAAUUAGAUAAAUCAUCCACAAAAUCUUCCAUAAUUGAUGACGAACUUGUAAAAUCAAGCCAAUCCGAGAUCAAUACCACUGAGAGAGAAUUAUCAGAAGACGCAACAACAUCGAUAACAAAUGAACCAAUAGAGAAAUCUAGUGAAUCAUCUAGUCCAAUUAGUGAAAUAACAACGACAGAGCAAAGCAGUAGUAAUAAAAUAUCAGACUCUCUACUUUAUACUUCUGAUAAGGAUUCCGAUAAGCCAGUGGAUAGCACGGAUGGGCAAUAUUAUACUACUGAACGUGAUAACAAUAUAGUUGAGUAUUCGACGGUAAAAAUUGAGGAUAAAUUAGGCGAAGAACAUAUGACUUCGGUUAAUUACGAAAUACCAAUAACUAGUUCCGAAGAAUACAAGAAGGUUGAAAAAGUUAGUACACCAUCUGUUUUUGAAGAUCCAUUAAUAAAUAGCGAUGAUGAAGUGUCCGAGAAAAUAAAUGCACCGAUUGAUGCUGAAUCAGCGACAGAAUUAAGUGUCGAUCAUGAUGAAAGGACAGAGGAUAUUUAUGUAACUAAAGUCAUUGAAACGUCAACUGUAAUACAUUCUAACGAACAUAUAGAUAAAGAAAAAAAUAUCUCGUCCGACAGUUUUGAAACGUCGACUAUAGACACUUCGAUUUAUAAAAAUGAAAUGGAACAACCUAAUGGGUUUACGAGCAUUGAAUUUGUAACAGCAUCGAGUACGGAUGAAAUUAAAGGAAUAGAAAAUGUAGUGACAGUAACAAAAACUGAUACACCAGCAUUGGCUAAUGUUGAUGAGACUAAUGAUAAUACAGCAAUUAAUUCAUCCACGGAUUUUGAUAAAUCAACUGAUAACGAUUAUGAUAAGCAAACGGAAAAAACUAAUUUCCCAUUAAGCACAGAAAUACCAUUCACCGAUAGUUUUCACAAUAAUAAUAAUAAUAACGAAGAAGUAAGCAAUGAGGCGAUAAAUCCUGUAUAUACCAUCACUGAAGAAAGCACGCUUGCCCCAAUAAACUCUUCACUUACCGAUAACACUUUUGAAAAAACUAAUAACGAAGAAAUAUCAGCCGAAUUCAGCACUGCGGUUCAAGAUCAUGAAAAACUGCCGCUCGAAGGUAAUACAGAAGCAAUAGAAAUACCGGAACAAGAAUCUACUGAAAUUUUAAUGCCAGAACGAGGUCCUGAACAUAAAGCAGAGGAUAACGACGCUGUGACGGAUAGUGAAGCAACAGAAGGAAACUUCGUUAAUGAAAGUGAACUUCCUGACAGCUUAAAUAAUACCGAUAAUAAGCAAACCGAUCGUCCGGAAUAUGUAUCAACGACUUAUUUACCCCCGCAUGACUUAAGUACUGACACAAGUCAGCAGCCGUCUACGUCACUACACGAAGCUUAUCCAAUAGAAGAUUCUGAAAUAGAAAGUUAUAUUACGGAAAUUUCUAUUCCAUCUAAAGCGUCUUCUGAAAGUACGACAAUGCUAUCUAUCGACGGAAUAUCAGAAUAUAAUAAACCAGAUGAAAAUAUAGAACCUAUCGAGCCAAAUCUGCAUAUGAUAGAGAACGAGCGAACAAGUAAUGCAGAAAGUACUUCGGAAACAAUACCAAUUGAUGAAAUCAGCACUAAACAAACAAGUACGACUAAUUCGUCUGUAGAAGAAUAUAUAAUUCAUGCUGACGAUGUGAGUACGGAGCAGUCAUUGACGGACAAAGAAAUCAUAGAAAAGUUAACUGUCAAGCCAUCAUUGGAGGCUAGUAAUACACAAUCGCCGAUAUUAAUUGAUCAUCAGAAAGAUACAUCCGAGGUGCAUGAAGAACUUGACGAUAAUUCACAAGUUAAUACGAUGGAUAACGAAAAUAUACGUUCAACCGAAAUGACGAUAGAUUCAACCUUCAAAGAUGAACAUACCGAAACAUUACCAAUUAAUUUACAGAAUAUUAAUGAACAUAAGCCUGAAUUGGAAGAAGAUAUAUCUCCAUUAUCAAAGGAAAAUGAGUUAAUCACUGAAGUUUCAGAUAUCCAAGAGAGUAGCGAACCGAGUCCAAAUGAAAAUUCUAUACCCGAGUUAAUAAAGAAUCCAAUUGAUAAAGAAGAAUCUACAAUAAUCGAUACUUUAGGAGCAAAUAAUAAAUCAUCCGAACCUAUGAGCGAAGAUCACAUUAUCGAUGAAUUGAACGCAGUUACACAAUCAAUUUUAUCCGAGGCUUCGUUGGAUACAAGUGAUUUCAAUAUAUCAAAGGAAGUGCUGGAAGAAAGUUUGGGAAAUACCGAGACUAGUACAGUAUCUAUUGUCGAGGCAUUAGGGUUGGAUGAAAUAACAGACAAUGAUAGCGCUGUUACUCAAAAAUUCACUGAUAAGGAAAGUGAAUUGCCGUCGUCGUCCGAAGCAUCGACGAAUACCGAAGACGAUCAAUUCUCAACUACAAAAAUAGAUCCUGAAAUAUCUGUCAAUAACGAAGAAGAUAGAAAAGAUAUUACAAUUACAGAGGAUGAUACUCCAACUGAAACGAUCGAAGAACAUAAAUUUAAUAAUAUAAACUCUCAAUUACCUGGGGAGGAGCCGAUGACUAGUGUACAAGAAGAAUCUGUCACGGAAAAUUUAGAGAAAGAAUCAUUAACGACAAUAAUAUAUAAUACCGAACAAUUUACUGAGAGACCCGAAUCGCCGAAUAAUAAACCUAAAGAUGAACAUAAACUGGGACAUUCGACAGAAGUAAAUCCAAUGACUAGUGAAAUGCCUGAAAUUGAAAUUAAAUUACCAGUAUCGGCCGACAUGCGGCCCGCUUCAGGUAUUCCCGGAGAAGGUAAUUGUUUGGUCGAUGGACAAUCUUAUUAUAAUAAUUCGGCUAUUCCUCCAGCAAAUGCUUGCCAAUUAAGUUGUCGAUGUGUGAGUAGCAUUGUGCAGUGUGAUCUUAUUAAAUGCUCUCCACCGCCAACAGACUUGCCUAACUGCGUACCUAUGUACACAAAUGCGGACUCGUGCUGUCCCAUGUAUACCUGUGAUUCGACUUCCAGCGUUGAAUUAGAGGCUGAUAAUCAAAUGACUGAUAAUCAUUUAUCCACUUAUGAUGAUAAGAUGCAAACUAAAGCACCGGAAAAUCCUUCGGUAGAUGAGCAUCAUGUUUAUUCAGAAAUCACCACAAGUACAGAAAAUACCAGGCCUAUCGAACAAUCAACUGAGUAUUCUAUUAAAUUGCAGCCAGAAAUCUUAGAAUCAACCUCAAUUGUCAAUGAGUUGGAUAAAUCAACAGCUCCUCCAUUUUUGGAGAAGCAGACAAUUAGUUCUUCGAUAUUUAUAGAAACUACUUCAAUUGCGAUCGAUGAGUCAAGCGCACCGGCGGCAGAUAUCAGCGAAGAAACAUCCCCAGGUUAUGUUGGCGAUAGAAAUAAAGACACCGAAGAAUAUCAGCUCGGUGUAUCCAAUAAAGCUAACAAUACCGAGGAAGAUGCCAUUUUCAUAACUACAGAAUUUAGUAGUGCAAAACCAGAAGAUUCUAAUGAAGAAUAUGAUAUUAAUUUACCGCCGAAAUUAGAUUUUGAGCACGAGUCGCAAACCGAAAUGAAUAAACUCGAAGAGCCAAUGAAUUACGAUGAUUUACAUAAAACAAUUGCAGAAAAUGUUGAUUCGAUAGUUAGAGAAAUUACAAUCGAUAAUACGCCCGAGACAGUACAUUUAACAACACAGUCGAGUUUAUUUACUGAAUCGGAAUCUAAGCAUAAAGAUUUGAUCGAAACGACUGCGAAAAAUGACAUAACUGCAAACGACAUACAAGAGCCAGCGUAUGAAACAACUGCUCUUUCUAUAGAAUCCAUUGAUAAGGAAACAUCAAAGGCUCCUGCGGAUAGCGAUGAAUUAUUCACUCCUCCCGCUGCUGAAACGAAGCCAACUUCGUUAGAUACGCUUGAAAAUAUAACAUUAGCGCCGGUAACAAUACCGACUACAGAGGACCAACAAGUCGACAAACUGAAUGAUUCUGAUUUAGAAUACUACUCGCCAACAUCUACAGAAUCAAAUUCAGUUGAAAUCAAUAAAAUAGCCGUUGACUCGAGCACGGAACUUUCCAUAACUGAGAAGGAAUUUGCUGAAUCGACUCCAAUUUCAUCGACCGAAAGUGUCACGAAAUAUGAGGAAAUUGAAUUAGAAAAUUUACCUACAGUGUCACCGAACAACCAAACAAUUUCAUUAUCCGUAAAUUCAGAAUCCACCGGACUAAAUAAAGACAUUGAUACGUUAAACGGUCACGCAACCGAGAUCGCGUCAAAUGAUUUAUCAUCCACUAUUUCUCCAACAGCGGUCGAUGAUAAUUCAACGGAAAAAAAAUUGAUUGCUCAAGUUGAGGAAAAACAAGUACCAACUACAGUCGUUAAUAAUAGCUCAGAGGAAGCCCUAUUUGUAAAACUGGACACAAAUUCAACGAUAAAUGAAUCGGGCGAAGACGUUUUAACCGAAGAAAAUGUCCCUAUAACGGAAGAUCCAAAAUUAAUUUUGCCGAAUGUCGAAACAACUAAAUUAACUACUGAAAAUGAAGAAUCAUCCCCAGAAUCGUCGACAAUAAUACAAUUAAAUAUUGAAAAUCUUGAGAAUAAUGAAUUCACAGAUGCCACGCAAUUUGAAGAGACAGAAAAUAAAUUCCCGUUAGAUAAAGAUAAGAUAGAGUCUGAAGAAGAAAUAAGAUUAGAAAGUACGACGGAAAUUGUGGAGGAGCAAAAAGAAGAGCCAACAACGAGUCAUAAGGAAUUGAACGAAGAAUUGGGAAUAUCGGGUCAAGAAAUUAUUACAGAGUCGGCAAUAAUUAAUGAUAAUGAAACUGAAUUUAUAAUUAGGCCAACCGAAUCGUUAAUCGAGCCUGAAAAACAUAUCACAACGUUGGAUGAUGAAAAAACUAUUCAGACGGAGAGUGAAAUAAAGACAACUGAGAAGAGCGAACAAUUCGAACAUUCUGAAAUUGAAAAAGAAUUAGCGGAAGGUAUGACGACAGUUCAAUCUGUAUUAUACCAUGAACCAAGUACACCAGGAUACGACGAUCCUAUCAAUAAAGAUGAAGAGGAUAUGCACAGUCCAGUAGAAACUACAACGGAUAAAUUGUUGUUUGUUAAUAAAACGAUCGAUCAAAGCAACCUGGAAGUCACAACGAUGAUAAAGGACGAUGAAGAAAUAUUUUCUCAUGAAACGUCGACGAUUAAAUCGACGUAUAUUGAAAGUUAUCAAGAUAACGAUGGCUUAGAGAUCCUUACUGAAACACCGAACAAAGAACUUGGCGAUGGAUCAACGAGCGACGAAAUUCCCGAACUUGACGAACAAAAGGGUAAUUUCAGCCAAGUCACAAUCUCAGAAGCUGCCACCACUGAUUCAACACCUAGUCAAAGUAAUAAUGAAAAUGAGCACAGCAGCAUAGGAUCGAUUGUACCCGAGGGGCCGACCUCGACAAUUGGCAUACCUACUAGCGAAAUCCAAACAACACUAUCAAAUGAUCUUCGUGAACAAAGUACCAAGAUCACAGUACCGGAGGAAGAAUUAACAAACGUUCAACAAACAUCCGAAGUGACAAAUGCCGAAGAUAAUCAAUAUCACGACCACAUUGUCGGCGGCCAACAAACGGAGGAGCCAAUCGUAUUAGCUACUCACGGUAAUAGCGAAGAGCGACCGAUCGAAUCGCACUCGACAACAUCCGAACCCGAUAUUAAUAAACCUCACAAGCGUCCCGAGUUCCCGGAUCAACAAUCAACGGAAACAGACGAUGAAAACGUUUUUCCCCCUGAUUCCGCCGAUAUAAAAAAUCCAUUCAAUACAGACGAUCCUGAAUCGGAAGAUUAUGACGAUCAGGCAGUUUAUGGUCCUGGCACAUGCCGAUACGGUGGAAAGAUUUACAUGUCGGCUCAGCAGAUUCCUCGUGACGAUGCUUGUGACUUUUGCUUCUGCUUCCGCAGUGACAUAAUAUGCUUACAACAAAGUUGCCCGCCACCGAUUCUCGGUUGUCGCGAAGAACCAAUCGGUGGAUUCUGCUGUCCAAGGUACGAGUGUCCGGUAUCCAUGGCAACAUCUCUCAAUCUGACGACAACAACCACGACCACAACGACAACAUUACCACCUCAUUUCUUGUCGCACGCGUACAAAGGGAGCGCAUUCCGUGGAGGAUGUCAAGUUGGUAACAAGGCGUACCGAGUUGGUGAAGAUAUAAAAUCAAAAUCCGGACCCUGUAUGUCAUGCAUCUGCGGAGGAGAUGGUAAAAUGAAAUGCGAACCGAAAGCUUGUUCCGCGAGCCCAAUGCUGAAGGAGAUGAUAGCUCAUGCCGCUGCCAAAAAAAGAAGAUGAGCCAUCGAAUAGUAGUGGCUUAAUUAAAUAAAGAACUAAAUUUGUCGACCGUGUGUUGUCGAUGUUAUAAAUAUAAAUUAAAAAUAUGACAGAUAACAUGAUGAGAGAAGUGCGUGCGUUGUGUAAAAAAAGAAUGAGAGCGAAAGUAUGGAAUGAAAAUGAUGUGAGAGGAUAGAAGAGUGGAUAAAAGCAAAUUAAAGCUUAAUAUAAAUCGCCUUAGACAAAGACAAUUGUAAAGAAGGUGAUUUUGUACUGAGUGGCCAAAAC